AUAUUUGCUCCCAAAUUAAAAUGGAAUCGAGGAGUGGUUUUGAGAAUUUUCUUGGGAAAUGGAAAUUUCUUAAAUCAAGACGUUUCGCUGUAUCUGCUAUGAGUUUUUUUGGUUUAUUUAACGCCUAUACACUUAGGGUGAGUCUCAGUGUUGCCAUUGUGGCCAUGACUAAGACGGUUAAUGUAACUCAUGAGAAUGGGACGAUUUCGGAAGAGAAGGAAUUUGAUUGGGAUUCAAAGGAACAAGGAUAUGUUCUCAGUUCAUUCUUCUAUGGAUACAUUUGUACUCAGUUUCUCGGAGGAAUUUUGGCUAAUCGUUUUGGAGGGCAUAUUGUUUUCGGCAUUGGGAUAGGUGUUAGUUCAAUUUUGGUAGUAUUGUCGCCCGUUGCAGCUAGGUUAGGGAUCUACCACUUAAUGGCCGCAAGGAUAAUAAUCGGUUUGUUUGAAGGCGUAUCCAUACCAAGUAUUCAAGAGGUCUUUGCACGUUGGGCACCUAUCUACGAGAGAACUACAAUAUCAGGAAUUGUAGCAUGUGGACUUCAAGCAGGGACAUUUGUUGCAUUCCUCUUGUCUGGUUUCUUUGCUCAACAUCUUGGCUGGGAGAGUGUCUUCUACAUUUUUGGAGGUUUUGGCGCUAUUUGGUUUACCCUGUGGAUGAUUUACAUUAAGAAGGAUCCAGCGAGUGAUCCACGAAUUACACCUGAAGAAAGGACCUACAUUGAGGAAAAUAUCGAAGAUCCAAAAGCAAAAAGGCGUCUUUCAGCUCCGUGGAAGGACAUUUUCACAUCAUCUGCUGUUUAUGCUGUUAUUACGGCCAAUUUCUGUGAUCUCUGGGUUAAUUUUACCCUCAUAACAGAGCUGCCAGCCUUCCUAAAUGAUGUCCUAGGGUAUGAUUUAGGAACAACAGGGAUCCUAGCAGCAGCUCCCUACCUUCUAAAUAUAGCUGUAGUCUUCACAAUAAGUCCCCUCUUUGACUACCUCAGAUCUAGAAAAAUUCUAACAACUGUGCAAGUAAGAAAACUCGGUAUUGCUGUUGGAUUCACUAUCUGUGGAAUUUUCUUGGCCAUUAUUCCCAAUUUGAGUGACGUCACAUCAAUAUCAGUCUGCCUUAUCAUCUCUAUUGGCGUUAUAGCGAUAUCUUCUCUAUCUUAUUUUGCAAACCCUUUGGAUUUUGCUCCAAAUUACGCUGCAAUUCUAAUUGGAAUCUCACAAACAGUUUCAGUUAUUCCAGGAAUUGUUUCACCAAUCCUGACAGGAUAUAUUGUUAGGAAUGGUAGUCAGGAUGAAUGGCAAACUGUUUUCUAUGUAUCAGCUGGAUUUUGUGUACCUGCAGUUGUUGCUUAUAUGAUUUUUGGAAAAGGAAAACUACAAAAGUGGGCAACUACGGCAACAACUGAGGCAAUUGAUGAACAAAUAAAAUUGCCAAUCAAUUGAAUCUAAAAGCAUUUGAAGGGUCGACCAAGAAAUCCUUGAAAUAGUAGAAAAUUCAGAACUUCCAUCGAUUUCAAGAAUUUCUUAGAUGGCUAAAUAUUAAUUAAUUUAAUGGAUUUCGUAAAUAGAAUAGAAUAGAACAAUGGUUUAUUAUAUCCAAGAGAUACAUAGAGAUCUAUAAUAGGACUAUCUAUAUAUUACAAUUCAUGUAAGAUAAUUUUUUAUUAGUGAGAAUUUUAGAUUUAAAAUAGAUGAUUUUACUUUAAUUAAUUUUUUAACAAUUUUUAUAACAUAAAUUUUGUUUGAUAUUUCCUUUUUUUAUUCCUUUUUUUUUACAUCUCUUCUCUUUUAAUAAGAACACAGUCGUGCGUCUGAUAGGCGCAUUAAAUACACUACAAAAACUUUCAUCAUUCGCAACAUUAUAAAAUUCAUCAACAUUUCGUGACGAUAUUUAGCACGAAGAAUUUAUUUUUCAUUGAAAUUCUUAAAGGAAAUUGCCACAGAAAAUUCAACACUUGUGCAUAUAUUUAAAAACAAUGCCAGUUAUGGAAUUUGUAUAAACAAUUGGAGCAAUAUUUCUUCGUUAAUUUAAUGAGUCGAUACGAUAUUAUUAUUUGAUAUUUAACUCGGUGUAUAAGAAUUAACCCUUCAUUGCCCAUCAAAGCACCGAAACAUCGUAAACUAAAGCAAAAUGUAAUUCUUUUGUAAAAGUACCUCAAAUGGAGGGUUAAGUGGUGUGACGAUGGAAUUCCCUCACAACGUUAUUUUAUGUGAAAAUAAAAUAUACAAAAAUAUCGCAUAUAUUAAAAUAUUGUUUAAUUUCUUCCAAUAAGUUGGAAUUUAUUGGAUGGUGUUGACAUG